UGGCAGGACUGCGGGAGGUACGGACAGUAGUGCCCAAGGCCUUGGCAUGUCCAGCGUGGGAGUUGGAAGUAGUGUUGCAAACACAGGCUUGAACUCGCAUGAUACUGCUGUUAACCGUUCUUCUGCUGGUGUCACAAGCUUUGGUUCGGUUGGGAUGGGAAGUAGGGCUUUAGGUAGCCAGUCUUUCAUUCCAGGAAUGGGUAGUGGGGCUUUCAGUAGCCAGUCUUCUAUUCCACCCGCACCUACCGCUUCGAGUAGGUGGUGGGAAAAUGUCGCCAGUGGAACCACAUUGAUUCCUGGGGCUGGCAUUACUGAACCAGGAGAAAACUUGGGUAGGAGCCCUUUGAAAGUUCCCAAAGCUCCUGUGUUCGACGGAUCGGACGUUGCGUACCCGUCAUGGUCACAAAACUUUCUGCUGAGUGCCCGACACAACAACUUGUUAGAAGCAUUUACUUCUGAAGUAGAAAUUCCGAUCGCAAGCAUUGAAUUCGACUUGACCCCCUGGGUAGACAAAGGAUACAGUGUGGGAGUGCUACGGCAGGCAGAGAUGGGAUGGUGGUUUUUGUUCGACUGUUUGAAGAAAGACUCGCUGAAAACCAUGGCUAGGCAUGCAGGUUCCCCCAGCAAGGCAUUCCAGGUGUUGAAGGAUCACUUUCUCCCUUUGAGCCAGAGUCAGAUUCGUGUGCAGGAGAACAAACUGAAGUCAUUGCGCAUGCGUACAAACGAGAACCCAUCCACCUUCUUUGCAUCUAUGAGAGAGACGCUUGGUAUUUUGCAGAUGCUGGAAGUCAAGAAGGAGGACAGGGAGGUGUGCACACUGAUGCUAGAGGGACUAUCCCACGAAUACAAGACUUUGCGUGAGACUCUUGUAGUGUUUUGCCCGAACGAUCCUGCUUUCAUCGAGACCAAAGUACGUGAGCGUUACUUAGACUUGCAGACACAGACUGGUACGAAGAAGCACAGUGUAGCUCUUGUGUCUAGGGCAGAGAGGAAGAGUAGCCGGAAGCCGAACCACGCAAAGUCGAAGUCUCACCCUGAAUCUGAUUCCUCAAAGAAGAAGUUUCAGGGAACGUGUUACAAGUGUGGGGAGAAAGGUCACAUCAAGAAGGACUGCCUGGCUCGUGUGAUAGCUCAUCCCUCCCAGACUGGGAAAUCUGAGAACGAGGACGAUGAGACCGGUGAGAGGCUCGACUUUGAGUUGUCUGAAUUGUCACAAACCUUGCCAAAAGCCAAAUCCUCCAAACGGACAUUCCGCAAAAUGAGAAAACUGGCCCCGGGAGCGUUCGAGGAUACGUUUCGCGAGUACCUUGAGUGGGAGAAAAAUCAUGUCGAAGAUUGGUAUGCGGACACUGGAACUGCUUUUCACAUGACUGAUCGUCUCUCUUGCAUGAAGGAUUUGAAGCCUUGCCACAAAAACGUAAAAGGGAUUGGUGGCGUGACUUGUGAGAUAGAAUUCUCUGGAACUCUGGAGUUGGUAUUUGUAACUGCUGACAGCCAGUUUCCCGUAGAGUUGGAAAAUGUAUUGUACUCUCCCAACUUGGGAUACAACCUCUUUUCUCCAAGCGCAGAGUUCGAUGGUGAGUCAUGGAACUACCUUGGCGGUCCUGAUGGUGUGAUGACUGCUUUCAAUGGACAUGUUACUUUUCAGAAUCUCGAUGGUAUGCUCAUUUCGCCUGCGUAUCGUCUAGAAAAUAACUGUGUUGGUUCAGUGUUGGCUGCCCUCACUCCUUCAAACCCCAAGCAUGAAUCUAAGAUGGAUGUGAACGAGUUUCAUAACAUUUAUGCUCAUUCGCAUGAAGGAUUGCUCCGUACAACUGCAAAGCGACUAGGUAUCGAGUUGACCGGUAAAAUGCAUGCUUGUACGGGAUGUUCGAUGUCGAAGGCAUUCAAGAAAGGGAUUGCUCAUGAAACAAAAUGCAGAUCAGACAAAAAGUUGGGCAGAGUUUUUGUUGACCUGGGAGGGCGGAAGGACGUUGCGUCCGUAGGGGGUAAACAUUACCCCAUGAUAGUGAAGGAUGAUUUCACUAGACGUACAUGGAUGUAUUUCCUGAAAAGUAAAUCAGACGCUGCGAGUGCUUUCCGGAGUUUCCUUGCAAGUGUGCGUGCUGAUGGUAUCCCGUCAUUGGUUGAGAUUGUUAGAUCUGACAAUGGGGGGGAGUUUUUCGGAGGAGAAUUUGCGUCCGUGUGCAACGAGCUCUUGAUUAAGCAAGAGUUCACCCCGGCUUACAGUCCCCAAUACAACGGUGUUGCAGAGCGUGGAUUGGGAUUGAUUGAGGCGGCGGCAAUGGCUGCUCGUAUUCAGGCAAAAGUUUUGUUUGGGCAUGUGCAAUUACCUAAGACUGACAGACUAUGGGCUGAGGCGAUGCAUUGGGCUUGCGAAGCAAUUAACCACACAGCUUGUUCCGCUAACCCUGACAGUAAGUCGCCAUAUGAGAUGUGGCAUGGUGAAGCUAGUCAUGCUAGACCGUAUCCGUUUUUGAAACCGGCGUACUGUAGGUGGCAGCGUCCGUCUAAACUGCUACCGAAGGGUGAGGCUUGCUUUUAUGUCGGUCCUUCGAGAGACCACCCGCGUGACUGUCAUAGAGUACUUACGAGGGUUGGAACUAUUCAGGAAACGAGGAAUGUGACAUGGGAAGCGUUGCCGUCACAACUCCCUCCACCGCAACUGUCUCUCUUGCCGAUCGAGGUAGCAGAGGAGGGAGGGGAGGAAUGUGAUGACGAUGUAGAAGCUGAGGCAGUGUAGGUCAACCCCCCUCUGUGCCCUCUUCGCCCGCGAUAAAUUCCCCUAUCUUCUCCAGCAGACGAGUUCACCGAUGAGGGAGAGCAGGAAGGGCCGUAUACAGGGGAGGAAGAAUCGGCGCGUCCGGGAGGGCAGGAGGUAGAGCCGGAGAGUCACGAAGGGUUGGAUGAAGAGUUGGUUGAGCCGGGAGGGCAGGAGGUAGAAUCGGAGUCAUUUCCCCCUGCUACGCACGUACCAUCUAGUCGUCGUGCGCGGCAUGAGCUUGCUAGUUACAACACUGCUGCGAAUGAGAAUGUUGAAGUCAGAGAAGGCAGAACCCGUGCGCAAACUCGGGCCGUAAACCAGCAGAGCGUAUCCGGUCUCAUGGCCACUCUAGGAGCUAUCUCUGCAUCUGAAAUUCAUUGGCGUGCAAGUAUGAUUUGGAAUUUCUCCAGUUUGACAUUGAGCACGCGUUUGUUCAGUCGGAAUUGGAUCAUGAGGUGUUCAUGAAGUUGCCUCCUGGCUGCGAGUCGAUGUCAGGAAAGGUCGUCCGUUUAGACAAGAGUUUGGAUGGACUGAGGCAGGCAUGUAAAACAUUUCUCAAGAGAUUUCUGUCGGACCUGAAGAGGAUUAAUGUCGAACAAUCUCUAUCUGACCCCUGUGUUCUGCGUUUCAUGAUGAGAAACGAGGUGAUGGGUAUAAUCGCGAUUCAUGUGGAUGCCUUUCUGUAUGGAGGAAUUGAGAGCCUUGCCAAGAGAGUUGUGCAAACGCUAGGUGACUCUUUUCACACAAAGAAUUUUGGCGAGGUCAAGUUCUUUCAUGGUUGCGCAUUUAGUCGCGACCGCGAGGCUGGCAAGAUUGAGAUGUCUCAAGAGCGUUGCGUCAGGAGUGUUAUCGAAAGAUUCAAUAUUUGUUGCACCAGCUCGACCCUGCCCCCCCUGCUAGUGUUUACAGGACCGUGAUGGAGGAGGAGGAGGCAAGGGAUGUGCCGUUCCGAGAGGU